UUUUCCAUACUUUUUUUGAUAUUUUUAAUCAUUUUUAACCCACCACUAACAAUUGGAAAUUCACCACACCAUAUUUUUUUUAAAAUUUUACAAAAAAAAUUGUUUUUUUUUCAAAAUUUUUGGUUUUAUUUUUUUCAAUUCCUUUGAGUCCGGGUUAUUGAACUUCAUUAAUUCACCUCUCUCUCUCUCUCUUGUAUAACUGUCACUUGCUCUCUUCUUUUUUGCACUAAAUUGCUCAUUUUACUCUCACCUUUAUGUUUUCUCAAUUGCACUUUUAUUUUCAUUGUAUUUUUUUCUCACUUUUACAUCAAUGUCUUUAAAACUCUCACAUUCAUUUUCUCUCUUUCAUACACCUUUCUCUUGUUUGUCAUUUUGUCAUUUUAUUUGAUGUGUAUGUUGUUGCAAAAUUUCGAAAUCAUUAAAACUAAAAAUUAUUCUUUUUUUACUCUCUUCAUUGCAUUUUCUAAAAAUCAAAUCACCUCGACGUUUCAAAAAUGUUAAAUUUUCUUAUAAUUUGCUUUUUAAAAAAAAAAAUUGUUUUUUUGUUUCGAAAAAUUUUAUUUAAUUUUGUGUUGCUCCACUUUUAUCGAAAACCAACACAACAACAACCACGACCACAAAUCUAUAGACAGGGAUAGCAAAGAAAAAGACAAAGAUAAAUCGGGCAAUAAUUUGGCCGUGCCAAGACUGUCAGUGUGUGCCGAUGCUCAGAAAGUGGAUAGGGCGAAAUUGGCGCAAACCGAAUUCAAUAUAAUAGAAUUUGAUCCGGAUACAUUUAGAGUUUUACUGGAUUAUUUGCAUACGGGGACAUGUCCUUUGACCUGUGUUUCCAUACCGGGUCUUCUAUGUGCGGCGGAACAUUAUGAUUUACCCGAACUGCUGCAGGCGUGUUUUCAUCACUGUAAACAGUUUUUGCGCAUAGAGGUGGUGUGCCCCAUGCUGAUUUCUUUGGAGAACUAUUAUUGGCGUUAUACCUCGGCCUCGGAAUUGGUGAAUAUGAUUUUAUCCUUUGUGGAAAAUAAGGCUCAUGGUCUCUUCAAAUGUCCCGAGUUCCUUAAUCUCUCCGAGUCCAUGGUACAGAUGAUCAUGUGCCGCGAACUGCAGUGUCCUGAAAUACGCAAAUUUGAGGCCAUGUUGGCCUGGGCUCGCAACAAGGUUUCCAAAAUGAAAAUCCAACCCAAUCGUGAUACUCAAUUUGAAUUUGAAUGCAUAAUGGAUAGAUUAACGCGAGAUUUGGAACUCUGUCGCAUUUCACCCACAGAACUUUUAUCCAUAGUCUUACCCUCUAAGGCCUUGAAAAAUGAACGCAUUAUGGAGACCCUAAUGAUGCAAGUCAAUUUGGGCACUUAUCGCAUGCAAGAAUUGGAUGAAUAUCGUCAACAGUUGCGCAGUCAAGAAUCGGCGGAGGCUACGGUACAGGUGCAUAGGGGUGGAUGAGAUAGUAAGAAUGUUAGUUUCGAUAUUGAUCGUGGCGGUGGCAGUGGUGCCAGUGGUGGAGAUGUUUCAAACGCUUACGAUUCCACGGCCGAUGAUGAGGUGGAAUUUUAUAAUGAUUUUGAUGCAACUCCUACGACCAGUCGAGUGGCUGC